GGGGGGAGGAGGGGGGACAUUGGACAAUUUUCGUGUUUUGUUUUCGUUUGACUUGAAUAACGACUAAAGACCCAGCGCACCCGCAUUUCAGCUGGACGCUAUCUAUACGGCUGGACUUGCAUUUGGACGGAACAAAUGGCAACUUGAGGUGCGAGGAUGUGCGGGGGACGUCGGAGCGAUGUUGCAGCCAAGGAGGACAAUAUAACGGCAUUAGAAUCUUUCCCAAUGAAAAUGAGCCCUGCCGUUCCUCGUCGUCCUGUCCUGCCGCUAUAGCUAGCGAUUGCCUCUGUUGUUAAAAGAAAAGAAAAGAAAAAGACGUCAAUUCAAAGCCAACCAAAAAUACAUAAGGAACCAAGCAAACACUUUCCCGUCCAUUUCCUCUAUAUGUAUGUACCCUAUCGUCAGUGACUGACGAAUAAAAAAAAAUUCUUCAUAUAUCGACGACAACCUCGGCGCUUCAGCGACGAAUAAUAAAAUAAUAGUCAAAAAAAGAAAAAAAAAAAAGAAAAGAAAAGAGCCGCACGUUCUGAAAGUUGAGCGCACCUCGCUGCGUAAAUAUGCUGGAUGCUAAUGUGAUGGCUGGCCCGUAAAAAGUGGUUCGCGAUACAUCCACCCGCUACAGCUUUUUUGAUAGCUAUUUCUUCUUCGCAGAAAGCGCAAAAAGAAGAAGCAGAUGCGAAGCGGGGGGGUGCUCAAUUGAAGAGUGGGCGGAGUGCGCGACAGUUGAUGGACGACACACCUUCAGUUCAACUCACGGGGAAAAAAAAAUAGCGAAAGGAAACGCAAAAAAAAAAAAAAAAGGGGGGGAACAUUAAAAACAUAACCUCCAACAGCGGGGAAAAAAACUGUGCCUUCUCUCAGCUGUUUUGAGUGUCUCCAAAUCACCAUGGAUACGAAGGAUCUCCUCGAGAACGACAAUGUUUUCCAGUCGGCUACUGAAGCUGCGGCUGACUUUCUAUCGAUCGCUUCGUCGUUUGUGAUUUCGCGCAACGAAACGGCCAGCAACGUCAGCAGCAUCACCAGCGUCACCAACGUCAGCAGCGUUCGACACUUGAAUCCAUCCGUGCAGGCGCUGUUGACGGUCUUUUACAUGUUCGGCAUCUCUGGUAACGUAGGCGCCCUGAUCAUGUUGGGACGGAACGAGACGGCGCGCAACAAGCGUCAAACGCUGAUGCUCAAGUGCCUAGCGUGGAACGACCUACUGGCCGUGACGGGAAGCGCCAUCCAGAUGCACUUGCAACUCUACAUGCCCAGCAGAUGGGUGCUGACGCCGUACUUUUGCGGCGUCCGCGUCUUUUGGCGCGCUUUCGGACUCGGCUCGGGAUGCGUCGCCUUGGCCAUGGCCGUCGAGCGAUGGUUCGCUCUCACCAAACCUUUCGUCUAUCAAACGAAGGUGACAUAUCGCCGGAUUCAGAGUUCAAUCUUUGGAUUAUGGAUUCUGGUCACGAUACUGUCCUGUUUGCCGUUUUUCGGUUUCGGUCUCUACUACGACACGUCCCAAGUUGGAUGGAAGCGAUGUACCAGAUACCGGUUCGGUACGACUCCAGACGACAUCGCCUACGCCUACAUUUGGUUCGGUUUCGGUUUGACCAUGUGCGUCCUGAUUGUUGCGUGCAAUCUCGGUGUAAUCGAGGCGCUCUACCAGAUGAAUCGUCGGAGCGGCAAUCGCAGAUUGACCCGCUAUCCGGUCGAAAUGCCCACCACCGGAAAUCAACAUCAGCCGUUAAGGGACAAACAAACGAACCGUCUGCACGACUCGUUCUCCGUGCGUCAGAGCAUCGAGCUGGACAACAGUUCGUUCUCCAACAGCUCGACGAGUCGCCAUCAUCUGAGCGUCCGACAAAGGGACUCCUCGGCCAGUUCUUCAGCGUCGCGACGACGUCACCGACAUCACGGUACCAAUCACCAGACGCAAGAGGAGAUCAAAUUCGCCCGUUUGAUGGCCGUCCUCUGCAUUUUUUACGUCCUCUGCUGGAUUCCGCAAUUAGUGGCCAUUCCGGUUGGUUUAGCCGAUCCGAAUCACCAAGAGCGAGUCUUCUUUCGAGUGGCCGACGUCUGCAUUGCCCUCAACUUUGUACUCGACCCGUUCAUCUACGUCCUGUUGAGAGGCCAAUGCGGCCGAAGUUGUUGCUGUCGCGCUUGCAAUCCGUCCCGCUGCUGGCCCUGCCGGAAGAUGAAUCGCCAAGAAACAUCACUUGCCUCACAAUUGGCAACCAAGGACGAGGCCAAGUUGGCAGUCGGCGGCGACCUUGCAACCUACGGAAUGCAGGCGCAGACGACGACAGCCGUGCCGGAUCGAGAUUACGUUCCGCUCAAAACUCUUCUAGCCGACAAAGAUAACAGUUUGCCCAUAGUCAGCAAAGAAUAGCCGGUUUGAAACAAAAGAGUAUACAUUAGGGCAUUAUUUAGUAAUAUGCUUGUAAUUAUUUCUACCGGUUCGCAGAACAAAACCGAGUAGCGGAUCACUGUGUGAUAUGCCUGUUCUUUUUUUUUUCUUUUCUUGGUUAUAUGAAAGAAAAAAAAAAAAAAAAAAAAUACCAACUGUCUUUUGACCCGUCUCUCUGUUGUUUUUGUUUAUUUUGUUUAUCUGCAUUCUUAUUUGUCUUUGGUUUACUCCGCAAACAGCAAAAUAACAACAAAAAGGACAAAAUCUCGUCUAUUGUCGCCAAACAUUUCCCUUCUUCCACUCUUUCCAAAAGUGUGUGUGUGUCUGUCGUACUGGUGUGUGUGUGUGAGUGUGUGUACUUUGCUGUAGUUUUUAACGCUUCGAAUAUUUCCCCAAGUCGUAAAUAAAUCCCUCCCGAACAAGCGCAUAUAAACUGCAUCUAUCCCACUAGUAUGAAGAAAAACAAAACAAAAACAAAAAAUAAAUAAAUAAAACGGAAUAAAUAACUAACACGACUGGCUGCAAUUAUUGCCUAAAAUAUUGCAGCAACUCGCAUAAAAAAUAGAAAAAGAAACGUGUCUUUCUCGUUGAACAGUGAACGUAGAAGUUAUACACCUUUUUUCCUGAA